CAGUUAAGCCGGAUUGUAAUUACCAAGUUCAGUUUCUAUGACAGUUAUACUGCGGAAGGUUCUUAAACAGCCUGAAGUCUCGACUAAAGGUCUUCAGACCCUCUCAAUCUGACUCUCUAGCGGGCGACUAACCUCCACCGGAGUCGACAGAUUGAGGCCCUAAGAACAAAACCUCCACUACCGGAGUAAAUCCGGUACAGAAUAGUGAGUUGGCUCCUCGACUAAAGUCACCAACUCCCUACCUUCAAUCAAGGAUACUCUAUUAACCUAGGCAGAUAUUCUCAUUCUAGGUUAAAGCAGAAACAACAGGAAUUUGAUCAGGAUUCAAGUCAUUCAAUCAUCAAAACCUCAAUCGAAUAUAAUCAAUCACAGAAUCAGUACUUGGGUUCAUACAAUCAAAGCCUAACAUACAAAUCUAGGGUUCUCCAUACCCAGAUGAAUGGGAGAACUACUCCAUAGAGAAGAAAGCAAAAGCAGAAUCAGACACGGAAUUCAUACUGCGAAGGAUGGAUUCCUGCUUCUGGACGUUGAUUAGCACUUCUCCAAGCUCAAGCUGGCCUCCAAUGGUGUUGAAGAUCAAUCUAGGGCACUUGGGAACUCUUGCUCGUCACUUUCUCUCUCUAGGAACUGAUCUCUCUCUCAAAAACUCGAAUCCCACUUCUUUGGUUCGGAAUUUGGCUUAAAACCAGGAAAUCCCGACUCGCACGGCCAGGGUGCACGGCCGUGCAUAUCACCAUUCUGGCCGUGCACCUCAAAACGCGGCGUAUCAAUUAGUUGAACCUCAGCCAACUCGCACGGCCAGAAUUGUAUGUUGCACGGCCGUGCGGAUUUCACUUGUGCCCGUGCGUGCCCACGCACAAUCCCGCACGGCCAAAAUGGUCACUUGCACGGCCGUGCGUGGCCACGCUGGUCUGCCCGUGCAGCUUGCUCAGCCUCUGUUUAAUGCUUCGUUUCUCCCUCGUCCGGACUCCGAAUCAAUCGCCGUUUGAUCCCAGACGCUCGUAGUCUCGUCCUCUUUCGUUUCAUAACAAGCUUGCAUGAUUCUUUGUCCAUAAAGUGAGGUAGAAAUCCAUUCUUCUUCAGGUCAUGCCCGAGUUUCUUCUCUCGAAUCGUCAAUUGAUCUCUGAUUGACUUGAAACUUGCGCCUAUGCUUCACUUUAUGUGCUAGGACCUGAAAUGGGACAAAGGAACACAACCUAGCAUAAAAUAGGCCAAAGACGCAAUAAUUCAAGCUCAAACAAUCAAGAAACAAAGGGGAAAACAUGUGCAAAUACCGAGUCAUCAAGGAUCCCAUUCGGGCUGUGCAAUGCCCUGACCACUUUUUAGCGAUGCAUGCUCGCCAUCUUUGACCGUGGUACUCCGAUUUUGCGAACUAUCUGGUGGGCCAGCGGAUGCCCAUGGGGAUGACAACUCACACCUAGAGGAAAUUUUUCUCCGACCUGAAGCACUACUUCUGGGAUGACCCUCAUCUCUUCAGGAUCGAAGCCGACGGGAUCAUCCGUCGCUGUGUUAUGGAGAGUGAGAUGGAGGGCAUUCUAUCUCACUGUCAUGAAGGACCUACUGGCGGUCACCACGGAGGAAACCGCACGGCGAGGAAGGUGCUACAGUCGGGCUUUUACUGGCCCACGCUCUUAAGGAUGAAGACACCUUUGCACGCAGGUGCGACCGAUGCCAGAGGUCAGGUAACAUCUCUACCCGUGAUGAGAUGCCCCAGAAUGUGUUUAUAACUUGUGAGAUUUUUGAUGUCUGGGGUAUCGACCUCAUGGGCCCCUUCCCUCCAUCCUUUGGCAAUACCUAUAUCCUGGUUGCUGUUGACUUCAUCUCUAGGUGGGCUGAAUCGCAAGCUUUGCCCACUAAUGAUGCUAGACAUGUUUGUGGUUUUCUGAAGCAGCUAUUCUCCCGGUUCGGGACACCUAGAGCCAUCAUAAGCGAUCGAGGCACCCAUUUCCAGGGCCAGUUUGAUAAGUUACUGUCUCGCUAUGGUGUGACUCAUAAGGUGUCCGUGGCCUAUCACCCUCAAACAAGUGGCCAGGCCGAGCUGACGAACCGGGAGCUCAAGCGUAUCCUGGAAAAGACGAUGGAUCAGUCCCGCAAGGAUUGGUCCACCAAGCUCGAUGAUUCUCUUUUUGCAUACCGCACUGCCUACAAGACACCCAUUGGUACUUCACCGUACCGGCUUGUCUAUGGAAAGGCAUGCCAUUUGCCCAUGGAGCUAGAGCACAAGGCCUUUUGGGCCCUUAAGCUGCUCAACUUGGAUGUUAGUGUUGCAGGUGUUGAGCGCAAAAUGCAGAUGCUGGAGCUUGAGGAAUGGCGUUAUCACGCCUAUGAGAACACAAAGUUGUACAAGGAGCACACUAAGCGCCUGCACAAUGCACGGUUACGGGGUCCGAAAGAGUUCCAGGUUGGUGAUCGAGUUCUCCUUUAUAACUCUUGCCUGAAGCUCUUUCCCGGAAAACUCCAUUCCCGGUGGUCUGGACCGUUCACGGUCAUACAGGUGUUCCCGUAUGGCACGAUUGAAAUUGCCAACCCGCAGACUGAACCGUUUAAAGUGAAUGGCCAUCGUCUCAAGCUCUACUUAGGAGACGAGGUCGAGCGUGCAGAGUUGGUAGUGGAACUCGCGGACCCUUAGUUCCACCAUGGGCUUCCAGCUAAAAGACGGUAAAGAAGCGCUUGUGGGGAGUCAACCCCACCACGGUUUUCAUUUAUUUCUUUUUGUUUUGGGUCGGAUUGUAAACUGGUUUGGUUUUGGGUUGUUUUCUUUUUAUUUUGGAUGAUGUACUAUUGGGAUGACCAUUGGACCUAACGUAUAGUGUUUGAGUUCUUCUGUUCCCUCUAGCCGUGCUUUGUCCCUAACUGGUCCCCUCUCCAGUCCGCUUCACUCAGACUGGUCCGCUUCCAGUCUCAUGCAGUCCAUGCACAUCGGUAACAUCGUUCCCCUUAUCCUUCCCUCUUCUCCAUUGAGGUCAAUGUCGAACUUAAGUGUGUGUGUGGGGGGGGGGGGGUGUUUCUCUUUUGACUGAAUUAGAUUUGUUUGUGAGCUUGGAGCCUAGUCCACUGUCAAUAUUUUUAAAUUUGAGGGCUCAAAGUACGUGUUUCCUUGCAAAUUGUCUGCUCAGUAUGCUUUGAAUUGACAGUCUCUAUAGUAAUGUGCAACCUAGGGAGGUAGUGUAGCACUAUGGAGGAUGUUGAAGUAUACGAUUUUUCCUAUCUACCUCUCUGCUGUGCCAGUUGAUUUUGUGAAUUAGUGGAGCUAGGACCAUUGAAUUCAUGUGAUAAUGGUGAAUCUAUUUGGAUUGUGUUAUGGACUCGUGUAUCGAACAGGGUGCUCAUGUGAAAAAUGAAAUGCAGUUGGUCCUCCAUGUCAAAAUCAUUAAAUCUUAAACAUGGGGUACGCCCAACGUGUGCGGCACCGUUCAUUGCACAAAAUCAGGUUUUGGAAGAGAUUUUAGUGAUCCUUAGUAGGGUACUCCUACAAGGUGAAGCUAAGCUGUCUCUAGUACAAGUAAAACUUCCACCCGUUGAACGGUUUGCCUACUUGAGGAUGUGUUUAAAAGGGCACGGAUAGAGCUUCCGACCCCCCUUAAUUUCAUUGACCCUCCACACGAGUUGAGGAAAAGGAGUUAAAAGAAGUACUCUGGCGAGCGCCAGAUGUACAUAAAUUACUCUUGCUCGACUAAUAAGGGUCGACCGUGCAAAAUACUGCAGUUGGAACCCCCGCCAAGUGAAUGAAAAAAAAAAGUAAAAUGAAAGUAAAAAAGGGGUUCCAAAGGUGAAAUGAAGUGAAAGAGCACCCCGGUACCACGAGUCCUUGGUUUUGAAUAGUGUGAGUCCCUUUAUCCAUGAAAUGACUGUCUUACUUCCACUUCUUCUCAUGAUCCUGGUUUGAGUCUAGUACUCGCAUUGAGAGAGAUAGGGAACGUCUUAGAAGACGAGUUGACCUCGUAAGCUGCUAUAUGAUCUAGGAAAUCUUCUACCGACGAUCAGGGUUGUUUGUUGCUAUAGAGGUCUGGAGAGUUGCAUUGGUUUGAGUUAGGUUUGCUUCGGGACAAGCAAACGGUUAUGUGUGGGGGAGUUUGAUAGACCAUUGAUUACACAUGUUUUUACCCCUAUUCUUGAGCCGUUUGAGAUGUCGAUUCUCGCGUUUUAGGCCAAUUUCACUCUAGGUUGUUCUUGUUUGUGAUAUUUCAGGCCCUAGUACGUGAAUGAAGGCUUGGGAACGAG